GACGGAAAAUCAUCCGUUGUUUCUCGGCCACUUUCCACGGGAGAGAAACACAGAAUGUGUGAAGAGAGUCCUUACUGUUAGAGAGAGAGAGAGAGAGAGACCGAGAGACCGAGAGAGCGCGAGCGAGUUGCGGGAUGUCUGCUCAUUGCCCAAACCUUGCGACCGCCGCCGCCGUAAUCUCUCCGAAACCCAAGUCUGACUCGGGCAACCAUGGCCGGCUCUCUUCUUCGCCAUUUUCGUUCUCGCGAAGCUCCAUCGCUUCUCCGGCGCGUCUCGCCGGGAGCCUCGGUUCUCAGAGGACGAGCGUUCGACGUAACAGCAGCACCAGACCUGGCGGUCCUUCUCCAGGUGGAAAUGACAGCAGAACCGUGUUGGACGCUUUCUUCUUGGGGAAGGCUCUGGCUGAAGCGCUGAACGAGCGUAUUGAGUCCACGGUUGGGGAGUUCUUGAGCACAAUUGGGAGGUUGCAAGCUGAACAACAGAAGCAAGUGCAAGAAUUCCAGGAAGAUGUGUUUGAAAGAGCCAAAAGGGCCAAGGAAAAAGCAGCCCGUGAUGCAAUGGAACCUCAGAGGCUGAUUCCCACAUCUGCUGCAGCAAAUGCAGGAAACGGCAGUGUCGUUUCACCCACCUCAUCCUCGACUACCAGUCCAGUGUCACCUUCGGUCGACUUGAAUGCGGAUUCUGAUAGCAAUGAUCCUGUUGUAGGUGUAUCGAAUGAUGGAUGACGAUUCUGCUUUAUGUAGAACAUGAAUUGCAUUUUACGCUUGGUAAGCCUGACAAUAAAAUGGAUCGGUCUCAUUUUCUUCACCA